CUGGGCUCGGCUCGGGCUCUGGCGGCGGAACUCCCUGCGCCGGGCCCCGGGGCAGGCGGCGGCGCACCAUGGUCCGCGCCCAGGCUCUGGUCCUGGCGCUCACCUUCCAGCUCUGCGCGCCUGAGACUGAGACUCCGGCAGCCGGCUGCACCUUUGAGGAGGUGAGUGACCCAGCAGUGCCCUGUGACUACAGCCAGGCCCAGUACGACGACUUCCAGUGGGAGCAAGUGCACGUCCACCCUGGCACCCAGUCUCCGGCGGACCUGCCCCACGGCUCCUACUUGAUGGUCAAUGCUUCCCAGCAUGCUCCAGGCCAGAGGGCCCAUGUCAUCUUCCAGAGCCUGAGCGAGAAUGAUACCCACUGCGUGCAGUUCAGCUACUUCCUGUAUAGCCGGGAUGGGCACAGCCCGGGCACCUUGAGCAUCUAUGUGCGUGUCAAUGGGGGUCCCCUGGGCAGUGCCGUCUGGAACAUGACUGGAUCGCAUGGCCGUCAGUGGCACCAGGCUGAGCUGGCUGUCAGCACCUUCUGGCCCAAUGAAUAUCAGGUGCUGUUUGAGGCCCUCACCUCCCCAGACCGCAGGGGCUACAUGGGCCUCGAUGACGUCCUGCUUCUCAGCUACCCCUGCGCGAAGGCCCCGCACUUCUCCCGCCUGGGCGAUGUGGAGGUCAAUGCUGGCCAGAACGCUUCCUUCCAGUGCAUGGCCGCGGGCAGAGCAGUAGAGGCUGAGCGCUUUCUCCUGCAGCGGCAGAGCGGGGCGCUGGUGCCCGCCGCCGCCGUGCGGCACAUCAGCCACCGGCGCUUCCUGGCUACCUUCUUGCUGGCCUCCGUGAGCCGCUCAGAGCAGGACCUGUACCGUUGCGUGUCCCAGGCCCCGCGAGGCGCGGGCGUCUCCAACUUCGCGGAGCUCAUCGUCAAGGAGCCCCCCACCCCCAUUGCGCCCCCGCAGCUGCUACGCGCGGGGCCCACCUACCUCAUCAUCCAGCUCAACACCAACUCCAUUAUCGGCGACGGGCCGAUUGUGCGCAAGGAGAUUGAGUACCGCAUGUCCCGCGGCCCGUGGGCCGAGGUGCACGCCGUCAGCCUGCAGACCUACAAGCUGUGGCACCUUGACCCGGACACGGAGUACGAGAUCAGCGUGCUGCUCACGCGCCCGGGUGACGGCGGCACUGGCCGCCCCGGGCCGCCGCUCAUCAGCCGCACCAAGUGCGCAGAACCCAUGAGGGCCCCCAAAGGCCUGGCUUUUGCUGAGAUCCAGGCCCGCCAGCUGACUCUGCAGUGGGAACCUCUGGGCUACAACGUGACACGUUGCCACACGUACGCGGUGUCCCUGUGCUAUCAUUACAUGCUGGGCAGCAGCCACAACCAGACCGUCCGGGAGUGUGUGAAGAUGGAGCGGGGUGUCAGCCGCUACACCAUCAAGAAUCUGCUGCCCUACCGGAAUGUUCACGUGCGGCUCAUCCUCACUAACCCCGAGGGGCGCAAGGAGGGCAAGGAGGUCACUUUCCAGACAGACGAGGACGUGCCUGGUGGGAUUGCGGCCGAGUCCCUGACCUUCACUCCCCUGGAGGACAUGAUCUUCCUCAAGUGGGAGGAGCCCCAGGAACCCAAUGGCCUCAUCACUCAGUAUGAGGUCAGCUACCAGAGCAUUGAGUCAUCAGACCCGGUGGUGAAUGUGCCGGGCCCACGACGUACUAUCUCCAAGCUCCGCAACGAGACCUACCACGUCUUCUCCAACUUGCACCCAGGCACCACCUACCUGUUUUCCGUGCGGGCCCGCACGGGCAAAGGCUUUGGCCAGGCAGCACUCACCGAGAUCACCACCAACAUCUCAGCUCCCAGCUUUGAUUAUGCCGACAUGCCGUCACCCCUGGGCGAGUCUGAGAACACCAUCACCGUUCUGCUGAGGCCGGCACAGGGCCGCGGCGCGCCCAUCAGCGUGUACCAGGUGAUUGUGGAGGAGGAGCGGCCGCGGAGGCUGCGUCGGGAGCCAGGCAGCCAGGACUGCUUCCCAGUACCCUUGACCUUUGACGCUGCGCUGGCCCGCGGCCUGGUGCACUACUUUGGGGCAGAACUUGCGGCCAGCAGUCUGCCGGAAGCCAUGCCCUUCACCGUGGGUGACAACCAGACCUAUCGCGGCUUCUGGAACCCACCGCUUGAGCCCAGGAAGGCCUACCUCAUCUACUUCCAGGCAACAAGCCACCUGAAGGGGGAGACCCGGCUGAAUUGCAUCCGCAUCGCCAGGAAAGCUGCCUGCAAGGAAAGCAAGCGACCCCUGGAGGUGUCCCAGAGAUCGGAGGAGAUGGGGCUCAUCCUGGGCAUCUGUGCGGGGGGACUUGCUGUCCUCAUUCUUCUGCUGGGGGCCAUCAUUAUCAUCAUUCGUAAGGGGAAGCCAGUGAACAUGACCAAAGCCACUGCCAAUUACCGUCAGGAGAAGACCCACAUGAUGAGUGCUGUGGACCGGAGCUUCACGGACCAGAGCACCCUGCAGGAGGAUGAGCGGCUGGGCCUCUCCUUCAUGGACACGCACGGCUAUAACCCCCGAGGAGACCAGCGCAGUGCCGGGGUCACUGAGGCCAGCAGCUUGCUGGGGGGCUCACCGCGGCGUCCCUGUGGCCGGAAGGGCUCCCCAUAUCACACGGGCCAGCUGCAUCCUGCGGUGCGUGUGGCCGACCUCCUGCAGCACAUCAACCAGAUGAAGACGGCCGAGGGCUAUGGCUUCAAGCAGGAGUACGAGAGCUUCUUUGAAGGCUGGGAUGCCACAAAGAAGAAAGACAAGGUCAAGGGCAGCCGGCAAGAGCCUGCGCCUGCCUAUGAUCGACACCGAGUGAAACUGCCCCCGAUGAUGGGAGGCCCCGAUGCCGACUACAUUAACGCCAACUACAUAGACGGUUACCACAGGUCAAACCACUUCAUAGCCACUCAAGCAGGUGCACUGGCCCUGGGUGGAGACCUUGCCUCAGGGACGAGCACCCUCUGCGCCCCAGGGCCGAAGCCCGAGAUGGUCUACGACUUCUGGCGCAUGGUGUGGCAGGAGCACUGUUCCAGCAUUGUCAUGAUCACCAAGCUGGUGGAGGUGGGCAGGGUGAAAUGCUCGCGGUACUGGCCGGAGGACUCAGACAUGUACGGGGACAUCAAGAUCACGCUGGUGAAGACGGAGACUCUCGCUGAGUAUGUCGUGCGCACCUUCGCCCUGGAGCGGAGAGGCUACUCUGCCCGGCACGAGGUCCGCCAGUUCCACUUCACCGCCUGGCCGGAGCACGGCGUCCCCUACCACGCCACAGGGCUGCUGGCCUUCAUCCGGCGCGUGAAGGCCUCUACCCCGCCUGAUGCUGGGCCCGUUGUCAUCCACUGCAGUGCGGGCACUGGCCGCACAGGCUGCUACAUUGUUCUGGAUGUGAUGCUGGACAUGGCGGAGUGUGAGGGCGUCGUGGACAUUUACAACUGCGUGAAGACCCUCUGCUCCCGGCGCGUCAACAUGAUCCAGACAGAGGAGCAGUACAUCUUCAUUCACGAUGCAAUCCUGGAGGCCUGCCUGUGUGGGGAGACCACCAUCCCUGUCAGCGAGUUCAAGGCCACCUACAAGGAGAUGAUCCGCAUUGAUCCUCAGAGUAAUUCCUCCCAGCUGCGGGAAGAGUUCCAGACGCUGAACUCGGUCACACCGCCCCUGGAUGUGGAAGAGUGCAGCAUCGCCCUGCUGCCCCGGAACCGGGACAGGAACCGCAGCAUGGAUGUCCUGCCGCCUGACCGUUGCCUGCCCUUCCUCAUCUCCGCCGACGGGGACCCUAACAACUACAUCAAUGCGGCCCUGACGGACAGCUACACACGGAGUGCGGCCUUCAUCGUGACCUUGCACCCACUGCAGAGCACCACGCCUGACUUCUGGCGGCUCGUCUACGACUACGGGUGCACCUCCAUUGUCAUGCUCAACCAGCUGCACCAGUCCAACACUGCCUGGCCCUGCCUGCAGUACUGGCCAGAGCCGGGCCGGCAGCAGUACGGCCUCAUGGAGGUGGAGUUUGUGUCGGGCUCCGUGGAUGAAGACUUGGUGGCCCGUGUCUUCCGGGUGCAGAACAUCUCUCGGCUGCAGGAGGGGCACCUGCUGGUGCGGCAUUUCCAGUUCCUGCGCUGGUCUGCGUACCGGGACACGCCUGACUCCAAGAAGGCCUUCCUGCACCUGCUGGCUGAGGUGGACAAGUGGCAGGCGGAGAGUGGGGACGGGCGCACUGUUGUGCACUGCCUAAAUGGGGGCGGCCGCAGUGGCACUUUCUGCGCCUGUGCCACAGUCCUGGAGAUGAUCCGCUGUCACAACCUGGUGGAUGUUUUCUUUGCUGCCAAAACGCUUAGGAACUACAAGCCCAAUAUGGUGGAAACCCUGGAUCAGUACCACUUUUGCUAUGAUGUGGCGCUGGAGUACCUGGAGGGUCUGGAGUCAAGAUAGCGGGGCCCCUGGCCUGGGGCACGCAUUGUGCACUCAGGGCCAGGCCCAGCGCGGACGAGGAAGACCUGGGCCCUGACUCUGCUCCACUACAGCUCCUGCGGGGAAAGCACUAGAGUGGGCCCUGGGCCAUCUUGGUGCCCCCCCCGCUGUGGGCAGGGCCUCUCAUCGUGUCCGAUGAUGGGCAAGCUGUGGGCCACAGAGGAGCUUAGCGGCUGCAGCCCAGCCCCCCUCCACAGGGUCCUGCAAGUCUGCACUGUGAGUCUGGCACUGCCUGGUGGAGUGACAGGGGCUCAGGGCUACCAGCUUGGGAGGACCCAGGCUCAAGCUCCUUGACUCCAGGCUCAAGCCCCAGACUCUGUCCCAGCCCUUGGCAGAGAUGAGUGAGCCCCUGCAGAGCCUCUGGCUGGCCAAGGUUUCCACCCAGCGUGGCUUCCUCUUGAUACAGAUAGAGGGUGCAUUGGGGCUUGGCAUCUGGAAUCCCACCUGGCCUGGCCCCUGAGGGUCCUGGGGAGACUGGGCACAUCAGACUGGUCCUCCCCAGAGGGGACUAUGGUCCCCUCCUCCACCCUGCUGCCCCCUCCCCCCCCCAGGCCCGGGGAUAUUUUGCUUAUGGUCCCUCCCACUAUUACUUCUUUGAUGUGUGCUCUGAGCUUCCUUGAACCCGGAUCUGCCCUUCCCUUGCCCUGUUCUCCGUGGGGGCCCCUUCCCUGCCUGACCCAAUGUCUGCAGAAUGAAGGUACCUCAGCCCUUCUUCCUGUACCUUUCAGGCCUCACUGGUGGGUCCUGCUCAGCCUAGGCCAGUGACAAUCUGCAAGGUUGAACAAUAGCCCUUGGGGUUGAGGUCUCUGUGGCUCCUGGUCAGGCUGCCCCCUGGGGACAGGACCUUACUAGAUCGGGGUGCUUGCAACUUCUACAGUUCAGAGGAAGAACAUGUAUUUUAGGUUGGAGGAACAAUUCUUUUCUGUUAAUUUUAUGAUUUUUUUGAUGGGUGGGUGGGAAAAUCUCUUUAAAAUGGGGCAGGCCACACCCCCAUUCCGUGCCUCAAUUUCCCCAUCUGUAAACUGUAGAUAUGACUACUGACCUACCUCACAGGGGGCUGUGGGGAGGCAUAAGCUGAUGUUUGUAAAGCGCUUUGUAAAUAAAUGUGCUCUCUGA